CCAGGGGCUCCCUUGGGGUUCUGUCGUCUUCCCACCGACCCCCGUUCCUCUGUCCGCCCCUCCUGCUGCGCGCGAGGGCUCGGAGGAGUUGCGGGGCGAGUGGAUGCGGGCGCGAUGGACAGCGGUGCGCUGCCCCUGCCCGCGCCCUCCGCGCCUGGCGUCUCGGGCGGCUGCGCUCCUCGGCGGCGACCCACGUCCCCAGAGCUGCUGCGCUGCAGCCGGCGGCGACAGCCGGGCGCGACGGAGACCGGGGGUGGCGCGGCGGCCGUGGCGCGGCGCAAUGAGCGCGAGCGCAACCGCGUGAAGCUGGUGAACUUGGGGUUCCAGGCGCUGCGGCAGCACGUGCCGCACGGCGGCGCCAGCAAGAAGCUGAGUAAGGUGGAGACGCUGCGCUCCGCGGUGGAGUACAUCCGCGCGCUGCAACGCCUGCUGGCCGAGCACGAUGCCGUGCGUGCCGCGCUGGCCGAGGGGCUGCUGGCGCCAGCCGCGCGGCCUCCCGCGUCCUGCGGGCCUCCCGGGACCCCCGCCGCCGCCGUCGCCUCGCCUUCUUGCGCUUCGUCGUCCCCGGGCCGCGGGGGUAGCUCGGAGCCCGGCUCGCCGCGCUCCGCCUACUCCUCGGACGACAGCGGCUGCGAGGGCGCGCUUAGCCCGGUGGAGCGCGAGCUGCUCGACUUCUCCAGCUGGUUAGGGGGCUACUGAGCGCUCCUCCCC